CACACUAUAGCUGAACGUCUCCACCUAGCUGAACGUCUCCACACUUGCUAAACGUCUCCACACAAUAGCUGAACGUCUCACACUAUAGCAGGAACGCCUCCACACUAUAGCUGAACGUCUCAACACUAUAGCUGAACGUCUCCACACUAGCUAAACGUCUCCACACAAUAGCUGAACGUCUCACAUAUAGCGGAACGUCUCCACACUAGCUGAACGUCUCCACACUAGCUAAACGUCUCCACACUAGCUAAACGUCUCCACACUAUAGCGGAACGCCUCCACACUAUAGCUCAACGCCCCCACACUAUAGCUGAACGUCUCCACACUAGCUGAACGUCUCAACACUAGCUGAACGCCCCCACACUAUAGCUGAACGCUUCAGCACUAUAGCUGAACGUCUCCACACUAGCUGAACGUCUCCACACUAUAGCGGAACGCCCCCACACUAUAGCUGAACGUCUCCACACUAUAGCUGAAAGUCUCCACACUAGCUGAACGCCUCCACACUAUAGCUGAACGCCACCACACUAUAGCUGAAUGCCUCCACACUGUAGCUGAACGCAUUAGUUACAAAACACCUCGACAAACGCAGCCUUUCCUUCCUGUGCUUCGCUAAAAACAGACAUUUGGUAGACGAACGAAAGUGUUGGGUAGUUACGGCUGACGAGGAACUACUCUCAUGUUUGGUGCUGACGAACCUUCUGCUGUGACUUCUGCAUCGUACUAAUGGCGGAGUUGCCGGGGAUGACAGUGGGCGUCUCCCCCAUAUUGCUGCUGCUAGUCGUCUGCACCCUCUCCACUGGAGGAUGGGCAGGCGGUGGUGAUGCAAUCAAUACCAAGCGAGGCGUGGAGGACCAGGAGCUGCACCAGCACCCCGAGGCCCUCCAUCCUCCACACUCGCCCACUCCACUACGGGUAACACCACUUCACAGUCGAGUUGGAGCUCUAAGUGACACUGACACCCUGGGUGCUGACCCCCACACUUCACUGGAUAAAGGUCACACGUCGGGGUUGUCGCUCAGCUCGUCACCACACUCUCCAAGGUCUUCCACUUCACAGCAAUUCUUCCAAUCGUCUUCCCUUUAUCAACCCAGUCUGAAGACCAGCCAGGUGUCUUGGGCCACUGGGGGCCGCACGACGGCUGGGCGACAACCAUAUCAUCUAUCAGAGCUUCCACCGUCGUCCCCUCCUCCACAAGUUCCUUUGUGGCCCGACCCUCCACCUGCAGCACCACCGUCAUCGACACCUGCUGCAGAAGCGUCUCCUACACUCUCUUCUACAACUCACUCCUCCACCACAGGUGCCAGGAACCGCGGAUCACUGCUCACUAAUCACAACACACAAAGAAAACUCGCCUGCAGCAAGACUUCUUUACCUUAAGCGGAAGCCGGAAGCACCGGCGGGUAUCGCAGGACGGCCUCACAGCCAGCCGGGGCAACAGGAAGCACCACCAGCCACCGGACUUCAGCGGGAAUGCAAGAUACGAAAUCCAAUAUCCAGGUUGAUAGAGGCAAAUUACCUUCACGUAAAAGAUUUAAAGGAUUCCUAAAUAAUAGAGAUACCAUCAAUGUUAGAUUGAUUGACUUCAUCAACGAGGAUAGUGAAGAAUAUCUACAAGACGACUCUGACAUCUGGAAUACUGGAGAAAAUACUCAAAAUGUUCCAGAAUUAUUGUCUGGAAAAAGAAACGUCACAGGCCAGGCUCUUCAGCAGACUCCCGGGGAUUCAAAGGAAACUCGACAUGAGAAAUUGACACGAAAUUUUCCGGCUCAGUUGACGGAACAAGGAGAGUCAACAGAAGCGUUCUCUGAAGACUUCACAGAGACUCAGUUAAGGGAAGGAGAAGGAACAGAGAAGAAAAACAAGGAUGGAGUAAAAAACAAAGCAAACAGAGGCAUCGACAGCUUGACUGAUUCGACAGACAACUCCAAAGACCUCGGCCUCAACGGCACAGCUUUAGACAGACCUCAAAAAGUCAACCUUGACACUCUGGAGAUGGAACUGUCUGAGAAAGAUGAGGAAGCAACAAGUGAUCUCUUACUGGCUAUAUCAAUCUUGCAGCACCACCUUGUGCCAGACACGUCGGGGCCGAGGCAAGAGACCAACACACAACCUCCUCUGCCGCCAACAGCCCUUUCCCUCAGCCACUCGUGGAUCGGUCAAGGUUCUCCGAUAACCUUGAACGUCAGCAAGGUUUCAAGCCCAUCCGCAGUGCAGGAAAGUAACAAAAAAUACAACAUUGAGAUAUUUGACCCGUUACCGCCAGGCUCUGAUGAAACUACAGCAGAAACGGAAGCAGUCAUCGAGGAGACCAACCUACAGCAAACUAGUCUCCAGGAUGGGCCAGAUAUGAGGGAACGGGGGUCAUCCAGGUACCGCUGGUUCGUGCUGGUCCUGGACGGUAACUGUUCUGUCAUCAAGCAACGAAUGACCACCUUCGUCACCUUCCUGAAGGCGGCACUCUCGGCCAAGCUUACUGUGGACUACAAUGACGUAUAUGUGCCGUCGGUGUUCUGCGACAACACCUUCAUGGUCAACAUUAGCCUAGACAUACAUCAAUUCCCUCAAGUAGAGGUGAGGCUAAGAAAGCUGGCAGAGGCCAACACCACACUCUUGGAAAUCUCUGAGGAGAUCUUCUACUUGGAGAAGAUUCUAACUAAGAGGACUGACGAAGAGGAUCAAGAUUUCCAACCAGUAAUCAAGAAGACUGACGAUGUAGAACUUGUUAUCUACAUCGCUGUGGGCUGCAUGUGCGUGUUCAUCCUGUUGUCUGUGGUGAUCGUGAUGCUGAUACGUGUGUGUAGGCAGGAGGGCGACCCGCUUGACCUGGGCAAACCUCACCCUCACCAGAUCAUCCCUCGCUCCCUCGACUUCCCUAUAUAGAGACCUAAUGUUAUAUACUCCCACAGAUUCAGCCAAGCACUGAUCCCGGGUAAGUGUGGGCGGCGCGGUCUGGAAGAUGGUCAAGUGGGCGGCAGCGGCGGCAGCGGCGGCAGCAGCAGCAGUAGUGGGGUGGCGGUGGUGGCGGUGGGCGGCGGAGGUCGCGGUUCACUUCUCAGGUACGACCCAGAGGUGGCGGGAGAGGUGAUAGUGACGGGAGACGAGGUGUACAGCAUCUCCGCCAUGGCUGACGACUCCUACAGCGACCGUCGAGCACUUGUCCCCGCUAGGAGGAGGACCAGACACAUUCCCGGCGAGGACGUCAUCCUCGAGGAAGACCUUGCCGAAGAAGAAGAGGAAGAAGAAGAGGAAGAGAGGAGGAGGAGAGUUGCUGAUCUGCCAGAGGACGAGGUACUCCUGGAAACCCAAACAUGGACGACGAGGGUGAAUCGGCCCAAGAUCAUCGACCCACUGAGACCUUAAGGGCUGUCUCUUCCUCCCGGGGCACCGUGAGGGCUGUGUU